AUGCCACUUGAUUUGCCAUUUAACAGAGAAUGUCGACACGUGUGCCCAUCUAAUCCCAAUCCUCCCUCGUCAAAUAUAAUUGCGUCGGUCCCUUUCCUUAUCAGACAAACCAAGGCUUCCAGAGAGUUCCACUCCCACAACACAUUUUCGCUAUAUCCGCUUCUUCUUGCUCAUUGGUUCUUCCAGAAACGUUUCAGAAGACUAGUGGUUGUUGCUCCAGCCAUGGCGGAUUCGAUGCCUCGAAGCACUGUCCUCGUUACGGGAGCUGGCGGUAGAACUGGUCAUAUUGUUUACAAGAAAUUGAAGGAAAGAGCCGAUCAAUACGUUGUAAAAGGUCUUGUUAGAACAGAAGAGAGCAAGGACAAAAUUGGAGGAGCAGAUGAUGUUAUUAUAGGGGACAUAAGGGAUGCAGAUAGUAUCAUUCCUGCGUUUCAAGGUAUUGAUGCUCUCAUCAUUCUCACCAGUUCUGUGCCAAAGAUGAAACCUGGAUUUGAUCCAAGCAAAGGUGGGAGGCCUGAAUUCUAUUAUGAAGAUGGAGCAUAUCCUGAACAGGUUGACUGGAUUGGGCAGAAGAAUCAAAUUGAUGCAGCUAAAUCUGUGGGAGUGAAGCAGAUUGUUUUGGUUGGGUCUAUGGGUGGAACUAAUCCUAAUCAUCCCUUGAACAACUUGGGAAAUGGGAAAAUACUGAUUUGGAAGAGAAAGGCUGAAGAGUAUUUGGCUGAGUCCGAAGUACCAUACACAAUAAUCAGGCCUGGGGGUUUACAAGAUAAAGAAGGGGGCAUCCGGGAGUUGCUAGUCGGGAAGGAUGACGAGCUUCUUCAGACAGAGACAAAACUGAUUACGAGGGCUGAUGUUGCAGAAGUCUGCGUUCAGGCAUUGCAGUAUGAGGAGGCCAAGUUCAAGGCAUUUGAUUUGGCCUCAAAGCCAGAGGGAACUGGGACACCAACAACAGAUUUCAAGGCUCUCUUCUCUCAAAUUUCUACUCGUUUCUGAAGUUGCUCUGAUCCUCAGUUUCAGAGCUCUAUUGUCCACCUCCUGCUAAUAAUACCAGCUACUUGUGAUUAAGAAAGUUUGGAGAAGAAAUGUUAUAUAUUUACAAUAUUUUCACCCUAAGAUUAGAGAAAGAAAAAACAAGUUACAAAAGUAUGCAGUUCAGGAUCAAACAAAACAAAUUUGAACAUGAUGUAAUUUUUUACUGAAUUUGAUCGCGUAUAAAUGAUACAACAGUUCAAA